UGUGUCAGAGUCAGCAAGUCUCUAACAUAUGGGCAUUAUCACAACUCUGAUUGUCCAGAUCUCUAUGUGCUGGUAGAGGAAAAAUAAAACUCUUGUGUGAGCUGUGAUGAAGGACUUGAAUAAACCAUGUUCACUCGGAAAGAAUAGCCUUCCAUUACUACAUUUGGAGCUGGUGGUCCAAGUCUUUUACUGAGAAUGACAUUAGGAACAGAAAUUACUACCCAUCUCCAGGCCUCUUCAUAUGCAGCAUCAGACCGAAACUUUUUGAAAUGGGACCUGUCACCAGAGCAAAUUAGAACAAAGACAGAAGAUCUGAUCAUGAAAACAAAGCAAGUGUAUGACAAUGUUGGAAUGCUUAAUUUUGAAAAAGUAACAUAUGAGAACACUAUGCAGGCUCUGGCCGACAUAGAAGUGGAGUAUACAAUGGAAAGAAGCAUGCUGGAUUUCCCGCAGCAUGUCUCAUCCAACAAAGAUGUACGCUCAGCAAGCACAGAAGCUGACAAAAGACUUUCUUAUUUUGAUGUGGAGAUGAGCAUGAGAGAAGAUGUGUUUCAGAGGAUUGUUUAUUUGCAGCAAACAUGUGAUCUUGGACAUCUAAAGCCUGAAGCUAAGCGAUACUUAGAGAAGUCAGUGAAAAUGGGAAAAAGGAAUGGACUCCAUCUUCCCAAAGAAAUACAGAAUGAAAUAAAGACCAUGAAGAAAAAAUUGAGUGAGCUGUGUAUAGACUUCAACAAAAACCUCAAUGAGGAAAACACAUUUCUCAUGUUUUCUAAGGAUGAACUUCAAGCCCUUCCUGAUGACUUUAUUAAUAGUUUAGAGAAGACUCAAAAGAACAACUAUAAAGUUACCUUAAAGUAUCCCCACUAUUUUUCUGUCAUGAAAAAGUGCUGCGUUCCAGAAACAAGACGAAAAAUGGAAACUGCCUUUAACACAAGAUGCAAGGAGGAAAAUACUAAAAUUCUUCAGCAGUUGCUUCCCUUAAGGGCAAAAGUAGCAGAGCUUCUUGGGUACAAUACUCAUGCCAACUUUGUACUGGAGGUGAACACUGCAAAGAGCAUGGAUAAUGUAACAACCUUUUUAGAUGAUUUAAGUAAGAAGCUAAAACCACUGGGUGACGAGGAGAGAGAGUUUAUUCUGGACUUGAAGAAAAAGGAGUGUGAAGAAAGAGGCUUUGACUAUGAUGGAAGAAUCAAUGCAUGGGAUUUACAUUAUUAUAUGAACAAGACAGAAGAGCUUAAAUAUUCCAUAGAUCAAGAGAAGCUUAAGGAAUACUUUCCAGUUGAGGCUGUUACACAAGGCUUAUUGAACAUUUACCAGAAGCUGCUGGGACUUGUGUUUGAGCAGAUAGAAAAUGCUCAUGUUUGGCAUGAGAGUGUUACUCUUUAUACAGUAAAAGACGAUUCAACAAGAGAAGUUUUAGGUCAGUUCUACUUAGACCUCUAUCCCAGAGAAGGGAAGUAUGGGCACGCAGCAUGCUUUGGUCUCCAGCCUGGCUGCCUACACUCUGAUGGCAGCAGAAUGAUGUCUGUAGCUGCUCUGGUGACCAACUUCACAAAACCAAUAUCAGAUCGCCCAUCAUUGCUGCAACAUGAUGAGGUGAAGACUUACUUCCAUGAGUUUGGUCACGUAAUGCACCAGAUAUGUGCGCAGACCAAUUUUGCUAGAUUUAGUGGAACUAAUGUGGAAACAGACUUUGUAGAAGUUCCUUCACAAAUGUUUGAGAACUGGGUAUGGGAAAAAGAAUCUCUACAGCAAAUGUCAAAACAUUAUAAAGAUGGGAGCCAGGUUGCAGAUGCUCUUCUUGAGAAACUUGCUGCCUCUAGAAUGGCCAAUACAGGUCUUUUGACUCUUCGUCAGAUUGUUUUGAGCAAGGUUGACCAGUCCAUUCAUACCAAACCAUCUGCUGACCCUGCAGAUGAAUAUGCCAAGUACUGCAUGGAGAUUCUGGGAAUUUCUGCAACCCCAGGAACAAACAUGCCAGCUACUUUUGGACAUUUGGCAGGUGGAUAUGAUGGCCAGUACUAUGGAUAUUUGUGGAGUGAAGUUUUUUCCAUGGAUAUUUUUUAUAGCUGCUUUAAACAAGAAGGAAUAAUGAAUCCAAAGGCUGGAAUGAAAUACAGAAACCUUAUCCUGAAACCUGGAGGAUCUUUGGAUGGGAUGGAUAUACUCCAAAAUUUCUUACAGCGUAAACCAAACCAGAAAGCUUUCCUAUCGAGUAAGGGACUGAAUACUCAAUGAAGCAACAGAUCCUUUGCAAUGGAUCAAGCAAGGCAGAAGAUCCAAGAUUGAGACUUGGGAGAGGUCUUUUGCUCCCAAGAGUGUUAUUGGAUGAGAGAUUUGCAUUGAUGACACUUUCAUCUUUUAUUUUUAUGUUAAACUAUCAUCAUGUACUGUAUAAUUUAAGAACUUCUCUUAAUUUUAGUUGUCUCUCCUGGGAGACAGGUGAAGAAGCUAAGAUCCUUGCUCUUCUAUCAUCUUCUAUUUUUUGUUGAUAUAAAGCUUUAUUCGAGGUCACCAUCCAUCUCCUUUUCAUUCUUUCUUACCACCACUAGCAGUCACUAGAAAGCAAUACUUGUACAAUUAUAAUAAUAUCAAUUGUUUUGUGAAGUCUUUCAUGAUAUAUAGAAAAAAACAAUUUAUGUCUCCAGUAAAUUUUAAUAGAUGGUGAAAAUAAAUCCAAGAAUGGUAUACAC